AUGAAGAGCUUGAUUUUAAUGACAACACUUCUUGUAGUGCUGCUUUGCGUCAUCUCUCUCCCAAUUUCAACCGUAGCAUUCCCAAAGAAACUAUGGCCUAAGUCAUCAAAACUAGCGGCAAGCCACCACCAUCACAAAGGCUCUGACGGCCUCAGAUACUCCAAGGUUGCUUGGGCUAGCUCUUCUGUCUCAGGGCCUAAUGUACCUUCAUCGCCUUCCAUAUUGCUUCUAAGGCUUUCUAGCAUCCCAGAAAUUUUCAAAAUCCCAGAAAUACCAAACACCCCGAAGAUUCCUAAUAUCCCAAUGAUUCCUAAUGUUCCAGGACUUCCAAACAUCCCAGAAAUCCCUAAGAUUCCAAAGAUUCCUAACAUCCCGAGCAUUCCCAACAUCCCCAACAUUCCCAACAUCCCAGGAAUUCCUAACAUUCCAGGACUUCCAAACAUCCCAAACAUUCCCAACAUUCCAGAAACCCCUAACGUUCCAGGAGUUCCAAACUCUUUAUUGCAAUCAGCUGAAAUGGAAAAGUGUUUGACGAAGGAGGUAUCAAAGAAAGCUGAGAAAUGCUUUUCACAUAUAUUCUCGAGCAGGGCAGAGAAGAAUUUUGCAUUAGACGAAAUCUGCUGUGAAAUAGUUGUGAAGAUGGGCAACAAGUGCAAUAGCCACGUUGGCAUGUUCUUCAAGAGUCGCUUCUUCGCUCCUCUUCUUCACUACUCAUGCCACAUCAAGAACACCAAAAACUAA